AUGAUUAGGUUUAUGAGAAGAACAUUCAGAGGAGAAAAGGAUGGGGAAGAAGGUCUGCUGAGGAUCUUUGGUGUAGGAUUUGGGAAGCUGUUAGGAGCCUUAGAUCUGGUGGAGGAAGUGAUCAAGUUUGUACGACAAAGUUGUGGAGGGAUGUUACUCUAUCUUUGGGCAUCUAUCUUACAAGGAUUAGUAUGGCAACAAGAUUAUGAGCUUACAAAACGGUUCUAUGAUCAGACGAGAAAAGAAGAUGCAAUCAAACCUGAUCUGAAUGUGAGUUGUUUAAUGAUCAGUACUUCAUUAGAUUCAAAUGGGGUUUUAGCAACCUUAAAACGAUUUGAAGAACUUUCAGUCCAACCUGAUGUAGUUUCAUUUACAAUCUUAUUAAAUGUAUUAAUAAAAUUAUGUUGCGGUAGAAAUGGAGCCAAGAAGUUAUCAGAGAUGAUGGAGAAAUUAGGUGUGAAGGCUAAAUUUAUUACGCAUGGAUCUAUUGUACAUCAUUUGUGUAUGAGUGGGGAAGUUGAAGAACUAGAAAUUGCUGCUGGAUUAGUAGAUGAGAUUGAUCAGAAAGGAAUAGCUACAACUGCCAUCACAUACACCGCUUUGAUCCAAGGAUACCUACGAGCAUAUGUCAAUGAACACAGAACAAGUAGUACCCAACCCACACCCAAGAAGCAUCCAAUCAAUGAAGUUGUUCAACACGCUUUACAAGAUGCAUUUCUUUCCACCAACCAGAUUGCUGAAGCUAUGGAAUUCCUUAAAGAUUCAUCAUAUAAGAAAGAGCAGGGAUCCUGCAUUCAAUGUUCAGAAGCGAUCAAGCAACGUCAACGGUCAUCAAGUCUGAAGCUAUAA